GGGAUUAGGAACAAGGUGUUUUAGUAAAGGAAGAAUCCUAACACGAGCCCACUCACUGGCACGCUAGCUAGCUGACUCUGGAUCCAAACAGCGGGUGCCUGCCCACCGUGCUGUUGUGAAGACGGAAGUGAUAGGAGGACUUCCCUCUGGCAAAUAAUUCAUUCCUUUUUGGUAACAGUUAAAGGAAUAGCUACACCGUCGCCUGCCCAGAUAUGACUACUGCGUACAGAAACAGAAUACAAGAAUUCAAAGAAACCUUGAGUGAAGAAACCAUCAACUUGAAGACACUGAGGGAGCUGUGCUUCAAUGGAAUCCCAUUUGAAGGAGGCAUACGAGCGCUUUGCUGGAAAAUCCUUCUUAAUUAUCUGCCCCUCGACCAGACGUUAUGGGAGUCUUUCCUCAAAAAGCAGAGGGAGGUGUACUCCCAGUUCCUAAAAGAAAUGAUCAUCCAGCCUGGUAUUGCCAAAGCCAACUUGGGCCUUUUCAGAGAAGAUGUGACUAUGGAGGACCAUCCUCUAAAUCCAAACCCGGACAGCAGGUGGAAUAACUAUUUCAAAGAUAAUGAAAUUUUACUACAAAUUGACAAGGAUGUAAGGCGGCUGUACCCAGACAUGGCGUUCUUCCAGCGUCCUACAGAUUACCCUUGCCAGCUUAUCUUGGACCCUCAGAACGAUUAUGAGACGCUGCGUCGACGAGUCGAACAAACCACCCUGAAAGCACAAACUGUAAACCGCAACCGCAGUGGAGUCACCAAUGUCAGCUCCCCGGGAAAGGCAUUUAACUUGUAUCCAUCUAACGAAUAUGAAGUGCUGCCCAAUGGGAGUGAAGCCCACUGGGAGGUGGUGGAGCGAAUCCUCUUCAUCUAUGCCAAACUCAACCCCGGGAUUGCCUACGUACAGGGCAUGAAUGAGAUUGUUGGGCCAAUUUACUACACCUUUGCUACGGACCCCAACAACCAGUGGAAAGAGCACGCUGAAGCGGAUACAUUCUUCUGUUUCACCAACCUGAUGUCGGAGAACAGAGACAACUUCAUCAAGAGCCUGGAUGACUCUCAGUGCGGCAUCACGUACAAGAUGGAGAGCGUGUACUCCAUGCUCAAAGACAAAGACCUGGAGCUCUAUUUAAAGCUGGAAGAGCAGAACAUCAAACCGCAGUAUUUCACAUUCCGCUGGCUGACAUUGUUGCUGUCUCAGGAGUUCCUCCUGCCUGACGUCAUCCGCAUCUGGGACACGCUGUUUUCGGACCAGGACAGAUUCCACUUCCUCAUCCUGGUCUGCUGCGCCAUGCUCAUACUCAUCCGAGAUAACAUACUGGCAGGAGACUUCACAGUCAACAUGAGAUCACUGCAGGAUUACCCCAUCUCAGAUGUCCACACCAUCCUGAUCAAGGCCAAAGAUCUGCAGGACAACUCCUAACCUGUUCACUUUUUUUCCCUCCUGCCUUUUCUGCUCAGAUGUGGUAGGUGAGAGUUCAAACAGUACAAAACAGUGUCACGUCAAACAUGUCCCGUGGAAGGACUUGAUCGAUGGAGAGCUUGGACAGAAAAACCCAGCAUACCGCAUUUUACUCGAUGUCUGACGAUUGCUCAGUGGGGGUCUGCUGUGAAACCUUUUGAGGACAUGUUGAAACUAUUCAUUUCUUGAAGAGAAGAUGCCACUUGCUUUUUGAUGCACAAUGGGGAAAAAGCUACCUUGGUACAUGGUCCUCCUCCUCUCACAGCCAUGUCUCCCAUGGAGACUUGUUGUGUUCAGAUAAGGAUGAUUGCACUGAACAUCUGAGGGAGCGGGAGCCACAUAGGUCCUACACUACAGAUCUUAGUUUAUCAUGAAAACAUACCAGAAAUGUUUCACAACAGAGCCAAGGAUUCAGACGGAGCAAAUGUUAACUGGGUCGAGCAAAAGCGCAUGUUUGUUCUUAGUUAUGUGAAAACAGGAGACAGUAUUUCUGGGUAUGUUUUCUGUUUGGAUGAAAUAAAUCAGAAGUGAUGGGCCUGGCCUAUUGAAUAUUUUAUUAUUAACAUUAUGUCUCAACAAACUGCCUUUUGUCCCAUUGGAAAUGUAAUGGGAUUCCCUUGCAAAGUCAUAGUACUUUGACAGAACAAAGUACCAUUUAAACGAACCAUCUGAGGAGAUUGUUGCUUUUCACACUGAACAUUAUUCGCUGGGCUUAAGUAUCUCUAUAGUACCUUCAGUACAAUACUUUAUACCAAGGCAGUGGGGAAUCAUUUAGUGUGAUUGACCAUAGAGGGUACACUAAGUUCAUAUAAUACAUGGCUAGCCUACAGUAAUUAAGAUCAUUAUUGUUUGAAAUGUAGCAAAUAUUAAUGAAAUACAAUGUUGUACCAACAGGGUCCAAAAUUAGCAUCGUCAUCUAGCCAAAUCCUAGUGAAAUAUGCACGUGGCUGGUAGAUCUGCUUCUCUCACCAGCCUAAAAACCAAUGGUAAUCUAUUGAGUGGCUGGUAAAAUUUGAACAUUCCCUAGCCCUUUGGCUGGGGGACAAACAAAUCAUUUUGGACUGGGUACCAAAUACACAACUGAGUUUUGGUACAGAUACUUCAAUUGUACUUUUUAGUUAAACUAUGUUUACUAUGUUACUAUACCAAAAGAUGCCAACAUUUUAAAUUGUUAAAAUAUGUCUAAAUACAAGCAGCUGACUAACUGUGCCUAAAACUUUGAUUUACAUUGGAGAUAUGUGGUAAAAGAAUUAAAGAAGUAGAACAGAUUACUAUUCUGACCAGACAGUCAAUACCAACUGUUUAUGCCUGGCUGUUUUCAAUCCCCCAUGCUAAGGAUACAUUUCAGUGAGUAACAUAUAAAUUCAUAUUUUAGAGUCCAACAAUUGUGUCAAAACCACAAAAUGUCCAUUUAAUGCAUUGUGUUGAGUCCAAUAUUUGAUCACUGGCAAAUGGAAAUGGCCCAAACAUAGGCUAAACACUUAGCAACCACAUUGAACAUUAUUUUUUCAUAUAGAAUGUUGUGUGUUAUAAAACACCUUCAAAGGACCCACUAGUAGAAAUGGAUUUUAAAAUUUCGUAAUUGCUUGUAUAUUUAAAGCUAACCUAUGUUCAGAUUUGAUACCAUAGUAUUAAUUUGAUUACGUUUUGUUAUCUACAAAACAGCUAGCCUCUGAAAAUUGGGUAUCAGUAAGAAAAAUCAACCGAAAUUUAGCCCACGGCAGCAGACUGAAGCAGCAUGUGUGUAUGGGGACUAGAAAAUGUUGGAGGAAAAUGUGGUCAACUCUCUUAUUGCUUAUUUAGAAAUGUCAGAAAAUUGUGAAAAAUGUCAAUCGGUGUUUCCCAGAGCCCAAGAUACUAAAGAUGUUCAGUUCACUGACAAAGAGUACGGAAGAAACUAGAAAAUAUUUGCAUUUAAGAAGCUGGAAUCAGAGAAUUUAUUUACUCGUUUUACAUAAGAAAUGACUAACCAAUAAAUCAAUUAUCAAAAUAGUUGGCAAUUAAUAAAAUAGUUGACAUUUAAUCGAGUAAUUGAUUGUCUGCAGCUCUUUAUUUUGCUUUUUAGCCAGCAGCAUUUGAUAGAACAAAGAACAUGAAAAGGACAUAAGCGGACAUGUUAAGUGCAAAAAAAAAAGCCUCAUAAAAUAAGGAUUAGGAUGACACCCCCACUCUACGCUUUCCCUUUUUUCAUCUGUUAGCUUAUAUAGCAAAAGAUUACCAGUGGAUUGACAAGCAAACUGAAGUAGCAUGCCUGAAUAACGUUGCAGUGGUUUUAAACUCCUGUUUCCCACUGGAAGCUGGGCUACACCUGGUUGUUUUUUAUAAGGAAAUCAAAAGCCUCGUUAACUUGGAGUUAAUAGCUUAACUACUCCAGGGUUAAUGGUGCAUGUUAACCUUUAGUUAAGCGCUAUAAUGUUCAGUGGGAACACCAGCACGGCUUGCCAGUGUUUUGAUUCCCAUCCCUUGUAUUAUUGGAUCUCGUUUUGUUCACAUACCAUGUGAUCUAUGUGGCGGACUGCUCAUGGCUUGAUUAAGUCUAGAUUAUACUACGAAUGUAAAUGCAUAUCUGCAAACAUAUGUCCAGUCACAAGUUUGGAACAUGUUAAUAAGGUUAAGGAGAUACUUUGCUGAUUCAAAUCCAGCUCUGUGUCAUGGCAGUGUUGCGAGUGUGUGCAGAUGAACGGUGUUUGGCUUCCUUCCGUGGCACAGAGCUCAGAGCGGCCCAGGUCUGCUGAGAUCAUCCAGGGGAUCUCGGCUGCACUGACCCCAUGAAGGGAAGCCACACAUAGUUCCCCACACCAGCAUGACACAGAGCUGGAUUAAAAAUCGUAUCCCUUUUAAUCAGUGGGGAAACGGACAACAAGUCAUCUCAGACAGCUGUUUAAAAUAUGUUGAUGAUACUUUGGUUUAUUGAAUCAUUGAAUGCAUACACACAUGUAGGCAUGUUGAUUGGUAAUGAAAUGCUUCUCCGUCUUAUAUAUGAACAAGGAUGUAACCAAAUUGUUGCUGAAGAGGUAGUUGUAACUCACUCAGUAUACUCUCAUCUUGUACAAAGUUCAGGAUUUUUUUUUAAAUAUGAGCCUUCACAUCCAUGUCCAAAACGGCAACGUAUACAAUUUCCAGGACAACCAAAGUAUUUCUCUAAUGUAUCAUUGUAAAAUAACCUUUUUAGGCACUCCUUAGAAAUUGGAUGGGGCAUUUAUAACCAUUUUCCCUGUCUUGUUUUAUUCUGCUACCGAAGAUGGCAUCAAAUCUUACUUGAUCAUUGUAAUCAGAAUACACUAUUGAAUUGUUCUCUUUAAUAUUGCUGAGGGUUGUGUAUGUGGAAGCUCUGUGCUCUACGUUUAACAAACAGUAUGGGGCAAUGCAAUGCUUCUAAUUGUGUUAAUAAGCUGCUCAAAGGACACAUUUGUUUGUUUUUCUUUCAUUACAACCUAAAAGGAUAUUCUUCUUCUGAAUUGUGUUACGAUUAUUUUGGAUAAGAGGCUUGGGGAUAGACUGGUUCCACUGUGAGUCCAGGACUAAAACUAAUACUGAACAGAUUUGACUAUAAUUAUAAAAAUAAGUGACUAAAAACCCCUACCACCAUAAUUAAUACAUUUUCCUACGCCUUUCCUCUUGCUUUCUAUCGCCGGAGGAAAAAAUGCAAAGUCUAAAUAUUUUUCAAGUUUACUUUAGCUAGAUAUCUAUAUCAAACCACUUAAAAAUGUCCAGAAUAUUCUGUUCAGUUUGAAGGAGCAAGAAGCCAAGCAUUCUGAGACCAAAACAAAAAGACGUUUUGCAUUUGAAAGUUUUUUUUAUCAUGUGCAAAAGUGUUGGGUGAAUAUUUUUUUUGAUGGCCAACACAUGCUUCUCUUUUUAAUGUGUAUUUAUUUCUAUCCUGGUGUGCGUGUGUGUCCGUUUGUUGGGAGAGUGAUUUUCACUAUACUCUUUGUCUUAUGUUAUUUGCAUGGUUCCAAUUUUGUAAGCACAUUUUUGUAAUAUCUCCAGUGUUAAGACUUGUAUGUUUUUACAUGUUUGCAGAGUGCAUUAAAAUGAAUGACGGUAUGAAUCAAA